CCUCCCUGGCCAGAGUGCUGGGGCAGGACAGCGUCCAUCCCUUCACCCCCAGGAGGGCCCGGAAGAAUGGCGCUGGCCCUGUGGGUCUUCCCUCUGCUGGGCGCUGCCUGCAUGGUGUCAGCCAACAUCUUCGAGUACCAGGUGGACGCCCAGCCCCUUCGCCCCUGCGAGCUGCAGAGGGAGAGGGCCUUCCAGGGGCGAGCGGACUACGUUCCCCAGUGCGCUGAGGACGGCAGCUUCCAGACCGUCCAGUGCAGGAGUGACGGCCGCUCCUGCUGGUGCGUGGGCGCCGAUGGCAGGGAGGUGCCUGGCAGCAGGCAGCCCGGGCGGCCCGUGGCGUGCCUGUCUUUCUGCCAGCUCCAGAAGCAGCAAGUCCUGCUGAGUGGCUACCUCAACGGCACGGCCGCCACCUACCUCCCGCAGUGUCAGGACUCGGGGGCGUACGCGCCUGUGCAGUGUGACGCGCGGCGGGAGCAGUGCUGGUGUGUGGACACGGAGGGGAUGGAGGUGUAUGGGACCCGCCAGCCGGGGAGGCCCACGAGAUGUCCGGGAAGCUGUGAGAUAAGGAACCGCCGCCUUCUCCACGGGGUGGGGGACAAGUCGCCGCCCCAGUGUUCCCCGGACGGCGGAUUUCUGCCCGUCCAGUGCAAGUUUGUCAACACCACGGACAUGAUGGUUUUCGACCUGCUGCACAGCUACAACAGGUUUCCAGAUGCGUUCGUGACGUUCAGAGCCUUCCGGAGCAGGUUCCCCGAGGUGUCUGGGUACUGUCACUGUGCCGACAGCCAAGGGCGAGAACUGGCUGAGACAGGUGUGGAGCUGUUGCUGGACGAAAUUUACGACACCAUUUUCGCCGGCCUGGACCUCGCUGCCACCUUCACCGAAACCACCCUGUACCGGAUAUUGCACAGACGGUUCCUGGCAGUCCAGCUAGUGCUUUCUGGCAGGUUCCGAUGCCCCACCAAAUGUGAAGUGGAGCGGUUUGCAGCGACCAACUUCGGCCACCCCUACAUCCCCAGCUGCCUCCGGAGCGGGGACUACCAGCCUGCGCAGUGCCAGAGGGCGGGGCCGUGCUGGUGCGUGGACGCGCAGGGAACGGAGGUCGCUGGGACGCGGCGCCAGGACCGGUUGCCAACCUGCGCUGGGGACCAGUCCUGCACCUCGGAGCGGCGGCAGGCCCUGUCGCGGCUCCGCUUCGGGCCCUCGGGCCACGCCGGCCAGCGCAGCCCGCCCUGGGCUCCCGGGGAAAGGCAGGCCUCUCGGGGUGCAGCUGGCCUGGCCUCGCCGUGCCUGCCCUGGAUCCAGCAGCUCUUUGUGGACUCCGGGAUCCUCCGGCCCAUGGUCCAAGGGCAGAAUCCACCGUACCCAGCCUCGGGGACUCUCCUCCAAGAAGCCGUCAGAAUGCUUUUUCCCUCCCGCGAGCUGGCUCGUCUCGCCCUUCGGUUUACCACCAACCCAGAGCGACUCCAGCAAAACCUGUUUGGAGGGAAGUUUUUGGUGAAUGCUGGCCAGUUUAACUUGUCUGGAGCCCUUGGCACAAGAGGCACCUUUAACUUCAGUCGGUUUUUCCAGCAACUUGGUCUCCCAGGCUUCCAGAGCGAGGGAGGGCUGGUCGGUCCGGCCACACCCCUGCCUGUGGGGUUGGAUGUGAGUCCUGCUGCGGAGACCCCCGGAGCCACGCAGGAGGGCGGUGCUAUGAAUAAGCCAGUGGUGGGCAGCUUUGGCUUUGAAGUCAACUUACAAGAGAACCAAAAUGCCCUGAAAUCCCUUGCUACUCUCCUGGACCUUCCAGAAUUCCUCCUCUUCCUGCAACAUGCAGUUUCUGUGCCAGAAGACAUAGCCAGGGAUUUGGGGGACGUGAUGGAAGUGGCGCUCAGCUCGCAGGGCUGUGAGCAGGCGCCUGGCAGCCUUUUUGUCCCGUCUUGCACGGCAGAAGGAAGCUAUGCGGACGUCCAGUGUUUUGCUGGGGAGUGCUGGUGUGUGGACUCCUGGGGCAAAGAAGUGCCCGGCUCGAGGGUCAGGGGCGGGCGGCCCCGGUGCCCCACAGAGUGUGAAAAGCAAAGGGCUCGGAUGCAGAGCCUCUCGGGCCGCCAGCCUGCGGGGUCCAGCCUGUUCGUGCCUUCCUGCACCAGCCAGGGGGACUUCUUGCCUGUCCAGUGCUUCGACUCCAUGUGCUACUGUGUGGACGCCGAGGGCCAGGCCAUCCCCGGAACGCAGAGUGGCCCUGGGCGAGCCAUGCGAUGCCCCACACCCUGCCAGCUGCGGGCCGAGCAAGCCUUCCUGCGGGCGGCGCGGGCCCUGGCCUCCAACUCCAGCAGGCCCUCCGCCCUCUCCGACGUCUACGUCCCCCAGUGCGGCGCCGGCGGGCAGUGGCGCCGGGUGCAGUGCGACGGGCCCCGCGAGCAGGCCUUCGAGUGGUACGACCGGUGGCGGGCUCACAGCGGCGGCGCCAGCCGGGAGCUGCCCGCUACCGAACUGCUCACGAAGCUCAGGAGCUUCCGAGAGGCGGCUUCCAGAAGCUUCCGUCUCUUCCUUCAAAGUCUGUAUGAGGCGGGCCAGCAUGGCAUCUUCCCGGAGUUGGCGAGGUACCCUUCUCUCCAAGAUGUCCCGCUGGCGGUGCUGGAAGGGAGCCGGACCCAGCCCGGAGGGGGUGUCUUCCUGGAGCCCUACCUCUUCUGGCAGAUGCUCAGCGGCCAGCUCGGCCGCUACCCAGGACCCUACUCAGACUUCAGUGCCCCUCUGGCGCACUUUGACCUUCGCACCUGCUGGUGUGUGGACGGAACUGGUCAGGAGCUGGACGGAACCCGGACCGAGCCGGGCAAGGUCCCAGCAUGUCCCGGCUCUUGUGAGGAAGCGAAGCUUCGAGUCCUGCAGUUCGUUAAGGAGACGGAGGAGGUGGUCUUGGCUUCCAACAAUUCUUGGUUCCCUCUGGGGGAGAGUUUCCUGGUGGCCAAGGGCAUCCGGCUGACCAACGAGGAGCUCGCCCUUCCUCCACGCUCCCCACCCCGGGAGAGGAUCUCAGAGCAGUUCCUGAGCGGGAGCGACUACGCCCUGCGUCUGGCAGCCCAGUCCACCUUCGACUUCUACCGGAGCCGCAGCCUCUCCCCGGGGGGCUCCUCGAGAGCGUCCCCGCCCCAGCCCGGCCCCUACGUGCCCCGGUGCGACGCCUCUGGAGGCUGGGAGCCCGUGCAGUGCCACCCCGGGACUGGGCACUGCUGGUGUGUGGAUGGGACGGGGCAGUACGUCCCCGCCUCGCUGACCGCCCGCUCCCCCGAGGCCCCGCAGUGCCCCACCACCUGCGAGAGAUCGCGAGCCAGCGCGCUGCUCUCCGGCUGGAAGCAGGCUGGACCCCAGGCAAACCCCUCGCCCAGAGACCUGUUCGUCCCAGCCUGCCUGGAGACAGGAGAGUUCGCCAGGCUGCAGGCGUCGGAGGCCGGCGUCUGGUGCGUGGACCAGGCCUCGGGGGAGGGUGCCGUGCCCGGCACCAACAGCAGUGCCCAGUGCCUGGGCCUCUGUGCGCCACUGCAGACUGGCGUCCUCUCUAGCGGAGCCGGCCCAGGCGACACCCUGGCCUGCGGGACAGAGGACGGAGGCCUUUCCCCCGUGCAGUGUGACCCGGCCCAGGGCAGCUGCUGGUGUGUCCUGGGCAACGGAGAGGAGGUGCCGGGGACCCGAGUGGCCGGGGGCCAGCCGGCCUGUGAGAGCCCGCAGUGCCCGCUGCCGUUCAACGCGCCGGACGUGGCUGGUGGAGCGAUCCUGUGCGAGCGAGCCUUGGGCCCGGAGGGCGCUGCCGUCCAGCGGUGCCAGCUGCUGUGCCGCCGGGGCUCCUGGAGCAUGUUCCCAGCAGGGCCACUGGCGUGCAGCCCCGAGAGGAGACGCUGGCUGUCCCCGCCGCCGCAUCCCCGGGCCUGCCAGCGGCCGCAGCUGUGGCAGACCCUGCAGACCGGAGCGCAGGUCCAGCUCCAGCUCCCGCCGGGCAAGACGUGCAGUGCGGACUACGCGGGCCUGCUGCUGGCGUUCCAGGUCUUCAUCCUGGACGAGCUCACAGCCCGCGGCUUCUGCCGCAUCCAGGUGCCGACCUUUGGGACCCCCGUUUCCAUUCCCGUCUGCGACGACUCGGCGGUGCGGGUGGAAUGCCUGAGCGGGGAGCGCCUGGGAGUGAACGUCACGUGGACGUUGCGGCUCGAGGAUGUCCCGCCAGCCUCUCUGCCCGAUCUGCGCGACGUGGAGGAAGCCUUAGUGGGCGAGGAUCUGGUCGGGCGCUUCGCGGAUCUGAUCCAGAGUGGGACCUUCCAGCUCCAUCUGGACUCCAAGACGUUCCCCGCGGACACCUCCCUCCGCUUCCUCCAAGGGGACGGCUUUGGCACCUCUCCCAGGAUGCGAUAUGGGUGCUUGGAAGGAUUCCAGCUCGUCCCAGCCGCCGGCAAUGCCACUCAGGACCCACUGGGGUGCGCCAAGUGCCCCGAAGGAAGCUACUCGUGGGAGGAGCAGUGUGUGCCCUGUCCUGUGGGGUUCUACCAGGAGCGGGCAGGGAGCGUGGCCUGCGCCCCGUGUCCCGGGGGCAGAACGACCGUUGCCGCCGGAGCUUUCCGUCAGACCCACUGUGUCACGGACUGUCAGAGGAACGAGAUGGGCCUGCAGUGUGACCAGGACGGCCAGUACCGAGCCAGCCAGAGGGACAGGGACCGGGGCAAGGCCUUCUGUGUGGACGACGAGGGGCGGAGGCUGCCGUGGUCGGAAACAGAGGCCCCGCUCACGGACGCCCAGUGUCUGACGAUGCGGAGAUUUGAGCAGGCUCCAGGCUCUGAGGUGGUGGUCAGUGCCGACGCGGCCAUGGGAGUCAGGUCCGAGGUUCCGGGUUCCGAACCCCCGCUGGCGCGGUGCUUGGCAGACUGCGCCUCGGAUGAGUCCUGCGGCUUCCUCACGGUGUCCACGGUGGGCCCAGACGUCUCGUGUGACUUCUACGCUUGGACGAGUAACAACAUCGCCUGCACGGCUUCCGGUCAGCAAGAAGACGCACUGGGGAACUCGCAGGCCGUGGGCUUUGGCAGUCUCCGCUGCCGGGUGACGGUGAGGAGCCGGGACCGGGACACGCUGGCUGUGUAUCUGAAGAAGGGCCAAGAAUUCACCACAAGGAGUCAGAAAGUCUUCGAACCGACUGGUUUCCAGAACGCGCUCUCCGGCAUGUACAGCCCCACCAUGUUCGCAGCCUCGGGGACCAGUCUGACGCAGGUUCAUCUCUUCUGCCGUCUUGCCUGUGACCGUGACGCGUGCUGCGACGGCUUCAUCCUCACGCAAGUCCGCGGAGGUCCCAUCAUCUGUGGGCUGCUGAGCUCCCCCGACGUCCUGCUUUGCAACAUCAAAGACUGGAGGGACCCCUCCGAGGCCAGGGCGAAUGCCACAUGUCCUGGUGUGACAUACGACCAGGGGAGCCGCCAGGUGACGUUGCGUCUGGGAGGCCAGGAGUUCACGAGUCUUUCGACCCUGGAAGGGGCUCCGGACUCCUGGACCAGCUUCCAGCAGGUGUACCUCUGGAAAGAUUCUGACAUGGGGUCCCGGCCCGAGUCUAUGGGAUGUAAAAGGGACAUGGAGCCAAGGUCAACAUCGCCAGUGGAAACAGACUCGGCAGCGCAGCUCUUCGAGCCUGUGGAGCUUAGCCAGGUCGCCGUCGGUGGGGACAGACCCCUGCCCAGCCAGCAGCUCUACCUCUCCAAACGCCUGUUUUCACCGCAGCAGGCAGACCGGUGGUGUCUGUCUCGCUGCGUCCGGGAGCCCUCUUUCUGCCAGCUGGCGGAGACAAGGGACAGCGCUGCCUCGUACUUCACCUGCACCCUCUACCCAGAGGCCCUGGUGUGUGACGAUGUCCUGGACUCCCGUCCCACGGGCUGCCGGCUCCUCCUGCCGCACCGGCCGAGCGCCCUGUUCCGGAAGAAAGUUGUGCUGCAAGACAAAGUGAAGAACUUCUACACCCGCCUGCCCUUCCGCAAGCUGACGGGGAUUUCCAUCCGAAACAAGGUGCCCAUGUCUGACAAGCCCAUUUCCAAUGGGUUCUUCGAGUGCGAACGACGGUGCGACCUGGACCCCUGCUGCACUGGCUUUGGCUUCCUGAAUGUCUCCCAGUUGAAAGGUGGAGAGGUGACAUGCCUAACUCUGAACAGCUUGGGGCUUCAGAGCUGCAGCGAGGAGAGCGGAGGCGCCUGGCGCAUCUGGGACUGCAGCUCCCCCGACACCGAGGUGCACACCUACCCCUUCGGGUGGUACCAGAAGCCUGUUUCUGGAAAGGACGCUCCCAGUUUCUGCCCUUCUGCGGCUCUGCCCUCCCCCUCAGAGAAAGUUGCCCUGGACUCGUGGCAGACCCUGGCCCUCUCUUCAGUAGUCGUCGACCCGUCCAUCCGGAGCUUUGACGUGGCCCAUGUCAGCACGGCUGCCAUCGGCGACUUCUCUGCUGCCCGAGACCUCUGCUUGUUGGAGUGUUCCCGUCACCAGGCCUGCCUGGUCACCACUUUGCAGAGCCGACCUGGCGCUCUGAGGUGCAUGUUCUACGCCGAUACCCAAAUCUGCACACACAGCUUGCAGGCCCAGCACUGCCAGCUUCUACUCCGCGAAGAGGCCACCUACAUCUACCGGAAGCUGAACAUCUCUUUGCUCGGCUCUGGGGCACCCGUACCUUCUGUGACCCUCGCCCCCCACGGCCAGCUGCUGGGCAGGUCCCAGGCCGUCCGGGUGGGCACCGUGUGGAAGCAAGUGGACCAGUUCCUGGGAGUGCCGUACGCCGCCCCGCCCCUGGCAGAAAGCCGCUUCAAGGCACCAGAGCCCUUGAACUGGACGGGGCCCUGGGCCGCCACCAAGCCACGGGCCAGCUGCUGGCAGCCGGGAAUCAGAACGCCCACGUCGUCCGGGGUCAGCGAGGACUGCUUGUACCUCAACGUGUUUGUCCCUCAGAACAUGGCCCCCAACGCAUCCGUACUGGUGUUCUUCCACAACACCAUGGAGGGGGGCCGGGCUGGCGCGGGAAGCCUGGCCCUCGACGGCUCCUUCCUGGCCGCUGUCGGCAACCUCAUCGUGGUCACGGCUGGCUACCGAGUGGGCGUCUUCGGCUUCCUGAGUUCUGGGUCCGACGAGGUGAGCGGCAACUGGGGGCUGCUGGACCAGGCGGCGGCCCUGGCCUGGGUGCGGGCCCACGUCGGCGCGUUUGGCGGGGACCCUCGGCGCGUGGCCGUGGCAGCCGACCGCGGCGGAGCUGACGUGGCUGGCAUGCACCUCCUGACCACCGGGGCCGGCAGCCGCAGACUCUUCCGGAGAGCCGUGCUGAUGGGUGGCUCCCCGCUCUCCCCCGCCGCUGUCAUCAGCCAGGAGACGGCCCGGCAGCAGGCCGUUGCUCUGGCCAAGGAGGUCGGCUGCCCCGCCUCGUCCCCCCGCGACAUGGCGUCCUGCCUCCGUCAGAAGCCCGCCGCCGUCCUCAACGAUGCCCAGACCAAGCUGCUGGCUGUGAGGGGCCCUUUCCACUACUGGGGCCCCGUGGUCGACGGCCGGGCCCUCCGAGAGGCCCCAGCCAGAGCGCUGCGGAGGGCUCCGCGGGCGAGGGCCGAUCUGCUCAUCGGGAGCUCCCAGGACGACGGGCUCAUCAGCAGAGCGAAGGCCGUGAAGCAAUUUGAGGAAAGUCAAGGCCGGACCAGUAGCAAAACAGCCUUUUACCGGGCGCUGCAGAACUCGCUGGGCGGUGAGGGUGCGGACGCCAGCGUGCAGGCCGCGGCCACGUGGUAUUACUCCCUGGAGCACUCCGCCGACGACUACGCCUCCUUCUCCCGGGCCCUGGAGAAUGCCACCCGGGACUACUUCAUCACCUGCCCCGUGAUCGACACGGCCAGCCUCUGGGCACGGACGGCCCGAGGGAAUGUCUUCAUGUACCACGCUCCUGAGAGCUACGGCCACGGCAGCCUGGAGUUGCUGGCCGACGUCCAGUACGCCUUCGGACUGCCCUUUCACCCUGCCUACGAGGGGCGGUUCACCCGGGAGGAGAGAGGCGUGUCCCUGCAGAUCAUGCAGUACUUGUCCAACUUCGUCCGCUCCGGAAACCCCAACUACCCGCAUGAGUUCUCGCGGAAGGCGCCUGAGUUUGCAGCCCCCUGGCCCGACUUCGUCCCUGGUGCCGACGGCGAGAACUACAAGGAGUUCAGCGCCCUGCUCCCCAACCGCCGGGGCCUGAAAAGGGCCGACUGCUCGUUCUGGUCCAAGUACAUCAGGUCCCUGAAGGCACCUGCAGACGAAGCCGAGGAUGGGCUGUCCGCACGCAGUGAGGAGGAGGAGCCGCCGGCGGGCUCUGGCCCGAGAGAAGACCUCCUGGACCUCCCAGAUCCAGGCUCCAAGAGCUACAGCAAGUGACCAGCCCCUGGCGCCUCCACCCAUUCUGCUGACCCCCCCAUCCCACCCCAGGCUGCCACCCCGGGCACCUCAUUGUCUAAAACAGCCACCAGCCCUCAAUAAAGUGCCUA